AUGAAUUCGUCUGCGGCAGUUUUGCUGGACCCCAAAGCUUUUAAAAGGCAGGCGGCGACAGGUUCAAGCUCUAGUACUCCCAGACCCCCAGGGGCGCCCUCGGGAACCUCCUUCGAUCCUAGCAUGUUAUUGAGUCCUCGAAGCUUGAAAGCGCCUAAGCCACGCACAAGCGCCAGUGCACCGGUAUCUCAAACGCCAACCCCUCUGCAGCUCAGCAGGAAUAGCAACAGCUAUCCUUCGUCAGAUGGUAACGUGAGCGAUUCUCAAAGCGAAAAGACGGCUUCGACACAUGGAUACGAAACGACUCGGUUUGGCCGUCAUAGAAAUAUGAUUGAAAAUAUGUAUGGAGUUGAAGAGCGUGGAGUUCACCCGCAGAAACGGAUAAAGCGCCACAUGAACCAAAAUGCUGGUAGUAGUUCGGAUCAGAGGUUCCCCUCCAGCCCUGGACGGGGUCUAGCGGAAUACAUGAAGGAACGUUCCGAAACCAGCACACCAUCGCUGUCUGAAGUGGCCACGAUAGAUCUUACAAUAGAUGAUGAUCAGAAUGAGGAUGAUGUGGUUUUCCUUGGUAAUAAAGAUUUGGGAAUGGAAGAAGUUUGCUACGGUAGAAUUGAAGGUGCGAUGGUCUACGCUCACCAAGUCCCUCGUCCAGUGAAGUCCGCUUUUGGAGCGACCUCGUCCGAUUGGCCCUCCAUUCGAUGUCAACUUCUACGCACUCGCGGCCCAGAUACUAGGAUUGAUGUUGCUGAUCCAUUGCAAAAUGUAUUUGGGAUCAUUGACCAUCGUGUUGCGGCUGCUUUAGUUCCACUUCUUGACUCGACAGUCAUCAAAAUACGAACUCAAGCUCGCCUCGAUGUCCGCAAGAAGAAGGAAAAUGAAUGGCCAGGGCAACCUUGUUCGGAGGGACACCCAAUUUCGGUUGAAGCGGGCAUUUCGACCUAUAACCCCCAUGCAGAGCAGGCUGUCUUGUUCAAGUGGCGAGUACCACAAAUCGACUUGCGCGCCGUCACGAAUAUGUUCGAUCAGUUGACCAGCGCGGAAAAUAUCCCGGAAAUGGAGCCACCUCCGUCGAUAAAGACUCCGCUACUUUCACAUCAGAAACAAGCACUGUGGUAUAUGCUAGAUAAAGAAAAACCCCGAAAGUUUGGUGAGAAGGAGGAGGAAAACAAUUCGUUAUGGAGAGUCCAUUACCAGCCAAACGGCCAAAAAUGCUAUCGCGACAUUGUCAGUGGUGUUACUUUGCCCGAAGAACCCCCCCAGGUUUAUGGAGGGUUAUUGGCCGAUAUGAUGGGUCUGGGGAAGACGUUGAGUAUCCUAUCGCUUGUCAUAUCCACACAUCUCGAGUCAUUGGAGUGGGUGUUGCAGAAAGUUGACAAGGGAUUGUUGAACAAUCCUGGAGCACGGAAUGUGAAAAGCACCCUUUUGGUUUGCCCCUUAAGCGCAGUAGCGAACUGGGUUGGCCAGAUCGAGGAACAUUUGGAGGAGGAUGCUCUUUCAUAUUAUGUCUUUCACGGCCCCACGAGAACAGAGGACGUAGUUGAAUUAUCUAAGUACGACCUCAUCAUCACUACCUACAGCACAAUACUCAGUGAGCUCUCUGGCAAAAGUUCGAAGCGAGGAACCAGCCCACUCACGCGCAUGAACCUGUUCCGUAUCGUUCUCGAUGAAGCACACGCUAUCAGAGAACAAAGCACGGCCCAAUCCCAGGCUAUAUUUUCGUUAGCUUCCAUGCGCCGUUGGUCAGUGACCGGAACACCGAUCCAGAACAGACUUGAAGACCUAGCAUCUGUCACAAGGUUUUUACAGCUCCACCCGUACGUAGAGAAAUCUCAGUUUUCUGCCUACAUUAUCGCACCAUUUAAGAGUGAGAACCCGAAGGCGAUCCCGAAUCUCCGUAUGCUCGUUGAUUCGUUCACCCUCCGCCGCGUCAAGGAUCGUAUCAAUCUCCCCCCUCGACAUGACAAGGUCAUCACGUUGACAUUUUCAGAGCAAGAAAAGAUGCUGCAUGAAUUCUUCAGGAAGGAGUCCAACGUAAUGAUAAAUGUAAUUGCUGGCGAGAGCAAAGAAAAGAUGCGAGGGAAAAUGUAUCAUCUAGUUUUAAAGGCAAUGAUGGUUCUUAGGCAAAUCAGUGCCCAUGGCAAAGAACUCCUCGAUCAGCAAGACCGGGACAGGUUUAAAGGGUUAAGCGCCACUGAUGCCAUUGACUUGGAACAAUCAGCUGACGAGGAAUCUUUAAGCGCCAUGGAGAAGAAGGCAUAUGAAAUGCUGACACUGAUGAAAGAAUCAGCAGCAGAUGUAUGUGCAAGAUGCGGCAAUACCAUCACUCUCCAAUUCCCAGAAGAUCGCCUGAGCGAUAAAGAUCCACUCAUGGCAGCCAUGCUCCCGUGCUAUGAUAUCAUUUGCGCAGACUGCUUCCCUCCUAUUCAACAAGUUUUCGACGAGAACGCAGGCAAACAGUCCCAACUUAGCUGCACAUUCUGCAAAGGCCUCAUCCCUGUAACUUAUACAGCCAUUACGCGUCGGGGCUAUGAGAAAUUCCAAGAAUCCCAACUCUCCAAGAGACAGGGUCCGAAACAAGCCAAGAAAUUCGGCCAGUAUGAAGGGCCACACACAAAAACCAAAGCGCUCAUUUCUCACCUCCUCGAUACCAUCGAAGAGAGCAAGAAAGCCCCCGACGAAGCCCCAAUCAAAAGUAUCGUGUUCUCUUCCUGGACGUCACAUCUUGACCUGAUCGAGAUUGCCAUGGAAGAUAACGGAAUCACAACAUUCACUCGUCUUGACGGCACCAUGACUCUCAAACAACGCAACGCCGCCAUCGACGCAUUUCGAGAAGACGACAAUGUCACCAUCCUACUUGCCACACUGGGCGCAGGUGGUGUCGGCCUAAAUCUAACGGCAGGAUCCAGAGUGUACAUCAUGGAGCCGCAAUAUAACCCAGCAGCGAUUGCGCAAGCUGUGGACCGGGUCCAUCGCCUGGGUCAGACGCGGGAAGUUACGACGAUCCAGUUCAUUAUGAAGGAUAGCAUCGAGGAGAAGAUUGCGGAGCUGGCUAUGAAGAAGCAGCAGAUGGCGGAUAUGAGCUUGAAUCGUGGCAAGUUGGAUAGGAGGGAGUUGCAGCAGGAGAGGAUGAAGGAGUAUCGGAAUCUGUUUACAUGA